AAGGAUCAGCAGCCAAACAAGAAAUACAAGAGAGAGAGAAGUAGAGAAAGAGCAAGAGAGAUAUCAAGAGAGAAGUUCGAGUCUUCUUCUUCGUGUGCUCCGAAGUUAUGGGAGAACGUAAAUACCUAAACAAGUAUUAUCCGCCAGAUUUUGAUCCGAAGAAGAUACAUCGCAUCAAGAAACCGAAGAACCAGCAGAAAAAGAUUCGAUUUAUGCUUCCAGUGCGUGUUCGCUGCAACACAUGUGGUAAUUACAUGUCGGAAGGCACCAAAUUCAAUUGCCGUGAUGAAGACGUCAUCACCGAGACGUAUCUAGGUAUUAAAAUCCAUAGGUUCUACAUCAAGUGCACUAAAUGCUUGGCAGAGGUAACAAUUAAAACCGAUCCAAGGAACGAUAGUUAUACUGUCGAAUCAGGUGCAAGUUGCCUUUAUAAUGGGCACGAGAAGGAGAAGAAGAAGAAGCAAGAGGAAACAGAAAACGCAUUGGAAUCAUUAGAGAAGAGAACUGUGGUAUCUAAAAGGGAGAUUGAAGUUAUGGCUGGGCUUGAUGAGUUGAAAUCUAUGAAGUCUAGACGAGCCUCAGUGAGCGUAGACUCCAUGCUUGAGGCUUUGAGUAGAAGAAAAAAACAAGAAGAAGAGAAGGUGGAGGAAGAAUUGCUUAUCAAGUCAAUACAAUUUGGUAAGCGGAGUAGGAUUGAUGAAGAGAAAAACUAUGAGAAGAAGAAGCCUAAGAGACGUGAAUCCGGUAAAUUUCCCAUUAAAAUCUCUUCUGUUUGCAUAAUCUCGAAGAAGACGGGACUCGAAUCUCUGUGUCACAACUAUGGCACCGACAGUGAUGAGGAGAAGUGAAUUUGGGGUUUUUUUUUUGGUAAUUGAUUUAAGUGAAUCAGUUAUUGCUAUGGCUUAAUUUUUAAAACAAAUCCAGGAUUAUGUU